AAACAAGGAGCCUGUAAUGUCACUCACAACCAUCUAUGUCACCCGACAUGGAUUCCGAUCAACCUGGUCCGUCGACCACAAGAAUGGCAUUUACUCCUCCAGCAUCAAAUCACCAACCGGAAUUCCUAAUGACCCAGCCCUGACCUCCUAUGGAGUCCAACAAUCCAUCGAGCUUGGGGAACAUCUAAAAACAGUUGAUCCACCAAUAGAACGUAUCUACUCAAGUCCCUACUACCGCUGUCUCCAAACCAUCGAUCCCUUCGCUGAGCAACUGUCCACCACCACCGAGGACCCAACUACAGCUCUAAUCCGUCCCGAACCCGGGUUAGGAGAGUUUUUCGGCCUUGCUGAUUUCCUUCAUCCCGUUCCUGCUUCACCGGAAAUUUUGAAGAGACAUUUUAAGCGAUUAGCUCCCUGGACUCCCUUGAUUAAACCAAAUGAGAAAGGAGAGUCGAUAGAGCAGCUUCAUGAAAGAGUUGCUUAUGCAAUGGCUAAGAUCAUUGAGUAUUCUGAGAAAGAAGAUGUAAAAGCAGUUGUUAUUUGCACGCAUGCUGCGGCUGUUAUUGCCAUUGGGAGAGUGUUGACAGGUGUCAUGCCUGAGGAUAUUACAGAAUCAGAUUUCCAUCCUUUUACGUGUAGUCUUUCGACUUUUGUGAGGAGGAAGAAGGAAGUCAUGGGUAGUGCGGUGCCCAAAUUAAGGUCAGAUGGCGGUAUUCCGAAUCUUGGAUGGAGGAAUGGGAACGGCAUUGGUGGUGGAUGGGAUGUGGUUGGAAAUGGAGAUUGUUCAUUUUUGUCUGGAGGUGCGGAGCGCGGAUGGAGCUUUAAUGGUGAUGAGUCGUUCAUACCAGAGGAAGAUCCAGAUAUGAUGGAUGAUCCACCAAUCAAGUCUAACUUAUGACCGAUGAGAAGAAGACUUUGAGAAGGUGCCCAUCAAAUAGAGUAAGAUUCAAUCUUGGAUAUGUAUGAGCAAUAUCAUGAUUGAUUUGGUGAAGAGUGGGAGAGAGCUAUUGAUGAGGUUGUCAUUGUUGCUGGUUUAUGAGCAGCCAGAGCCAAUUUGGGUAGUCGAUAGCGUGGGAGACGAGAGAAAUCCAUAUCUUGAAUGUGUUUUGGGAAAGGUAGAGUGAGUGGAACGAUCAUUUAAGAGAAGAACGAAGACUUAUAC